AUGCAGGAGCACAAGCAGUGCUAUCCACACAAAAACACAAGCGAAAACGAGCGAAAACAACGGAAGACUAAAGGAAAAAGGAAACAAAAAUUAGGCUGGGCAAACCAAGAAGCCCCUGAAACCCACGAAGACAGCAAGCUCGCAACUCAACUCGCCGAAAGGACAGGAGACUCCGGCAGAAAGUCUGAAGCAAGGAAAACGGCUAAAAGGAGAAACGACAACCAGCAACAAAGAUCCAAGCAAGCCUUGAUAGAGUCAGAUACUCCGAAACUGAAUGCCGAGCCACUGUCUGCCGCAAGAUUUAUCAACCUUGUUGUGAGCAACAAUCCAAUCCCGGGCAGAUUUACAUGCCUUGCGAGCAACCCCCACUGCAGAACCGUCGAUAUUGUUAAACACUCUUUGGUUGCAUUCCAACCAGAUUUGCCAGCAAAUAGAAUGGAGAACGCAAGAUACAACCCAUGA